AUGUCCUCUAACAAACCGGGCGAACGUACAAUUCUCAUACAGGCACCACAAUUGAGAGUAGACCGCUCUUAUGGCUCGCUUCCGGCCUUCGUGGGAUCCCCAGACGAUAUAGAUGACAUGGGAGGCCCGCAGAUACACAGAACGGAUGAUGAAGCCCCGCCAAUAGCUGAGUCAAGUGGAUCGCGACCUACGUUCGGAAGGAGCGUUUCAUCCUCAGUUAUUCAUCCUUCUCGACCAGGUUUGGACACACAUUCCAGAAUACUCGGGGUCUCAAAUUCAAGGCAUCGGCGCACCAUCUAUGAGCAUCCUGUCACGCGCGAAUGGAGCGUGUUUGGUGAAUUAUACGAGGCCGAGGACCAGCUGAGAAAUUCCGGUCUGCCACGCCAUCGUCAGAGAAGAAAGGGUAGUCACCAUCAUGUCCCUGGUCGCGUCCACUCGCGUUCCAUCUCUCAUGGUCAUGGUGCACCCUCAAUAUCUAUUACAGAAGAAACGGUCCAGUCGCCCGUCGAUGAUCCACAGCUAAGCAGCUCUGUCACUGACAUGGAAGGGAACUUCUCAUCAGACGAUGAAUCGUCACGCUCAACCUCAGCAUCCUCUGACACUCGUACACCCAAUACUCCUCCGAAGACAGCAACAGAGCCGCGUAAAUCGCGCCUUUCGUUUCUCGCGCUAUCACCUCUUCAUCGGAACAUUCUCAAAUGCGCGGUGGCGUACUUCAUAGCCUCCCUGUUCACGUUUUCACCUUACCUCUCUGGACUCAUAUCUGACAUGACAAAUUAUGGAUCGGGGGAAUCUCCUCCGUCGCCAUCCGGACAUAUGGUUGCCACUGUCGCAGUCUACUUUAAUCCUGCUAAGACCCUUGGUGGUAUGGUCGAAGCAGACAUAUUCUGUCUGACGGGACUAUUGUUUGCGGCAUUCGUCUCUCUGAGUAGUAUGUCCAUGUUCUGGUUUUUUGAAGUGCAGCCUGGCUGGGAGUGGCUCGCAGACAUGCUUGUACUUCUGUGGAUUGGCAUGGGGAUGUCCGUUGUCGCAUACAUGAAGGUAUGGAUGGCAAAACCGUCCUUCAAUACAGCCAUAAUCCUAUUCGUUGUGGUGGUCCGAGAGGGUGGGCUCGAAACGCUCCUUCAAGUCUCUUUCGUUAUAUCGUGCGGCGCCCUAGUUUCGAAUGUCGUGUGUGCUGUCCUCUGGCCCCAGAGCGCAGCGAAGAAUCUGCAGGACACCAUGACCAAGACCCUUCAGUCAUUCGCGACGCUCUUGGAUCUAAUAACAGAGACUUUUCUCCUAGAGGAACCCCGACAUCAGCUAAGCCACGAGAAGAUACAGCGGGCUGUGGACAGCCACCAGGCCAGUUUUACGAGCCUGAAGAAACAUUUCGCAGAAGCACAAUCCGAAUGGGUAUUUGGUGGCCCGCGGAAGACAAGCAGUAGCAAGAUUAAUAAGAUGCGGACGAGUAGGGGCGAUGCAUACCAAGACGCCAUAGAUAGCCUCAAUCGCUUAGGGCAACACUUGAACGGCCUGCGAAGCGGGACAGCUUUGCAGGCUGAUUUGAUCAGAGCGCAGAGGAGAGGAAAAUUAACUCUGAAGGGUCGCUCAACAAUGCAACACAAGAAAAUGCAAGCUCCGGACUAUCUUUCCCUUAGGGCAAAGGAUAAGGUGGACCCUGAUGUGACCGAGGAUGAGGAAGCGGCUACCUUGCAAGACGCAGCUAUGAUGUUCAGCGAUCUCAUGGACGACCUAGGUCCGCCUUUAAGGAGCCUUUCGGGAACCUGUAUCACAACUUUGAAACAGCUCCGAGAAGCGUUUGUACAGCCUGUGCGUUCGGAUGCCACCCAUGCACACCGUCCUUUCCAAAAUUCUGCGGAUAGUCUACAGCGAGCUCUUUUCACAUUUGAGAGCACCUCAAACCAGGCUGUUCUGCGAUUGUAUAAAAGUUAUGACGCGUCUGGAACUCAGUCCAGAGACUCUGUCGAAUCUCCAACUGGUGAAAAUCGCUUAUUGACAGGUGCAGACGGCGAAAGCGUCUUCCUCGUAUAUUUGUCGGUCCAUCCUAUUGAGUUCACCAAGGAACUAAUUUCACUCGUGGACGCACUCGACAGAUUGUGCGCUGCAGAGGCUGCACGUGCCGCAUGCCGGGGCUGGUGGAGACAAUUUAUCAACCCCUUUAAAUUCGCAACGCGGUGGCGAUCUUCCCGCGAGAAGACAAAGGAUGGCGGUCUGCGAAAACGAUUAUCCGCGUAUUUUGCCCCCGAGUCCCGCCGAAAGACAGUACUCUUCCCGAAAAUCAAGCCUCACGCACCUAAUACAAUGCAGACUCCAGCUAGGUCGAAUCUCACGCUCAUCGGUAGAUUUCAGCAAUCUCUCUGGGCUCUUGGGGCACGGUUACGGGAACAAGACACUAAAUAUGCGAUCAAAGCGGGUAUGGCAACGGCUAUGCUCGCGGCACCGGCCUUCUUUGACUCUACUCGGCCUAUGUUCGUGCAUUACCGUGGGGAAUGGGCGUUGAUAUCGUUCUUUGUUGUUAUAUCCCCUACUAUUGGAGCGACCAACUUCUUGGGAGUGCAUCGAGUUUUGGGCACCUUGCUGGGUGCUUUCACGGCGGCUGCGAUUUGGACAGCUUUCCCAGAGGAUCCUUAUGUCCUGUCCAUUUUUGGCUUCUUUUUCUCUAUUCCUUGUUUCUACUACAUCGUCGGCAAGCCCGAAUAUGCGACAUCCGCAAGGUUUGUGCUACUCACCUAUAAUUUAACUUGCCUUUACUGCUACAACCUGAGGCAGAAAGAUAUUGAGGUCACUGAUAUUGCCUUCCAUCGUGCGCUUGCUGUGACGGUGGGGGUCGUCUGGGCUGCUAUCGUGUCCCGCUUCUGGUGGCCCACGGAAGCAAGACGAGCCCUUGGCAGAGCUUUAGGAGACUUCUGUUUGAAUAUGGGCUGGCUAUACACUCGACUGGUGGCAUUCAACUCUUUUUCCGAGGCGGAAAACAAUUACGACCUCGAUGGUCUCACAAGCUCCGAGACAACUGCACUCUUACAGGACUCAGCUCAGAGGGAGCUACAUCUGCAGGUUAAGUUGAUCGAACUACAGGGUCUUCUCGCCCAGACUCAGCAUGAACCUCGUUUGAAAGGGCCCUUUCCAGUGGUCUUGUAUCGGUCAAUCUUAACAAGUUUGCAAACAAUACUCGACAAAUUGCAUAGUAUGAGAUGUGUCACGUCGCGAGAAGAAUGGCAUACGACUGUUCGUCGCGACUUUGUUCUACCCGUCAAUAGGGAGAGACGGGAGAUGGUCGGCAACGUCAUUCUCUAUUUCUCAACUUUAGCUGCCGCCUUUAGAUUGAAAUCACCUCUCCCUCCCUAUCUUCCUCCUGCCGAGGAAGCUCGAUUGCGUUUGGUCGAUGCAAUCCGAAAGCUUGACGUUGUAAGAAGUCGAGAUGUACGAGGGUCCAGACAGUUGCUCUUUUUCGCGUAUGCUCUCACGAUGAAGGGGGUAAUUCAAGAGCUCAAUUAUCUUGGUCAUGUUCUCCAAGAAGCCUUCGGUGUCAUUGGACAGUCGAGAGAGGAAUUUGAAGCUCUCUUCAAGGACACUGAACGUGUAGAUAACACCCUUGUUGUCUGA